CCUCCGCUGCAGCUCCUCCAGCCCCAGCAUCCGGGUAUCCCGCCCGCUACCUCAGAGGCGGGUUUUUCCCCCCCCCAUUCGAAAAGCGGGGUUUGUGUUGUUUUGGUGGCUUUAUUAUUUUUCCGUGAGGUGCCGGGGGCAGGGCCGUAUGCGCGCGCUCGCGGCGAGGGGGGACAGGCCGAGGGGGUGUGCGCCUGCCGCCGCUCCCGUCCCCGGCGCGCCUGCGCGCAGAGGAGGAGGCGGAGGCGGAGGCGGCGGCGCAGUGCGUGUGUGUGUGUGAGUGCGAGAGAGAGAGCGAGAGAGAGAGAGGCGCGGGGGGGGGGGGGGAGGGGGGCCGCCGACGCUCCGCGGCGCUGCGCGUAGUGGGCGCGGAGCUCGGGCGGGCGCGGAACGGAGGCCGGGGUGGGGGGGGCCGGCGGCGAGCGAGGAGGGGAGUAAGAGGAAGGGAGGCGAGAUGAGCGCUGGGCUCCCCCUGGGCAGAGAGCCGCCCUCGACAGCCGUCGCCUGUGAAUGAACUGAGGCGAGGCAGUCAGCCGGGUGCCCCCCCCCCCCCCCUCCUUCUCCCCCUCCUUCCCCUUCUCCCCCUGCCUGCCCGCUCGCCGCCGGCCCCACCGCGGACGUCCCCGCCUGCCCCCGGCCUCCCUGCCCCCCACGCACCUUCGGGAACGCGGCCCUGACUGCCACAGCCGGCGCCGUCCGCCGCGGCCAGGGGAACUGAAGGAAAGUCAUCAUGGGAGCAUUUUUAGACAAGCCAAAGAUGGAGAAGCAUAAUGCCCAGGGGCAAGGGAAUGGGCUUCGUUAUGGCCUGAGUAGUAUGCAAGGCUGGCGAGUUGAAAUGGAGGACGCACAUACGGCAGUGAUUGGUUUGCCAAAUGGACUUGAUGGAUGGUCGUUUUUUGCUGUAUAUGAUGGGCACGCUGGAUCACAGGUUGCCAAGUACUGCUGUGAGCAUUUAUUAGAUCACAUCACGAGCAACCAGGAUUUUAAAGGGCCAGAUGGGCCUCCAUCUGUGGAAAGUGUAAAGAGUGGCAUCAGAACAGGUUUUCUGCAAAUCGAUGAACACAUGAGAGUCAUCUCUGAGAAGAAACAUGGUGCAGACAGAAGUGGGUCAACAGCUGUGGGUGUCAUGAUUUCCCCCCAACAUACAUACUUCAUCAACUGUGGAGACUCGAGAGGUUUACUUUGUAGAAACAGGAAGGUUCACUUUUUCACGCAGGAUCACAAACCAAGUAAUCCACUGGAGAAAGAGCGUAUACAGAAUGCUGGGGGCUCUGUAAUGAUUCAACGUGUGAAUGGUUCUCUUGCUGUUUCAAGGGCUCUUGGGGACUUUGAUUACAAAUGUGUCCAUGGGAAAGGUCCUACAGAACAGCUAGUCUCACCCGAGCCUGAAGUUUAUGAAAUUGAGAGAUCAGAAGAAGAUGAUCAGUUCAUCAUACUGGCUUGUGACGGUAUCUGGGAUGUUAUGGGAAAUGAAGAGCUCUGUGACUUUGUAAGAUCCAGACUUGAAGUCACUGAUGACCUUGAGAAAGUUUGCAAUGAGAUAGUUGACACCUGCUUAUACAAGGGAAGUCGAGACAACAUGAGUGUGAUAUUGAUCUGUUUUCCGAAUGCACCAAAGGUAUCGCCAGAGGCGGUGAAAAGAGAGGCAGAGUUGGACAAGUACCUGGAAAGCAGAGUAGAAGAGAUCAUAAAGAAGCAGGGUGAAGGAGUCCCAGACUUAGUCCACGUGAUGCGUACGUUAGCAACUGAGAGCAUCCCAAACCUCCCGCCGGGAGGUGAAUUGGCAAGCAAACGGAGUGUGAUUGAAGCGGUUUAUAACAGACUGAACCCCUACAGGAAUGAUGACACUGAUUCUGCCUCAACUGAUGAUAUGUGGUAAGACUGCUCAUCUAGCUGUGGAGUUCACCUUUCAUCCUUCAAAUGAAAGUGCAGCCCAACCUCAGUGACCCUUCUUAACAUCCAUCCUCAACCUUAAUUAAAGAAGGAAAUACGAUGUGUUGGUGAGAGUGACUACAGCAGUACGACAUCUGGCCCAGGAACUGAUCUCUUUUUUGUAAAACAGACUUCUGUAAACGUGAUUUCAAACCAUAAUUCAUGUUGUAAAUCAGACUCCAGCAAUUUAUGUUGUAUGAUUUUGUUUUUGUAAAGUGCAAUUGUCUUUGUACAAAAUGCUCAUAUUUAAUUAUGAACUGCUUUAAAUCACUAUAAAGGUUAGAAGAAAUGUUUGGCUUGUGUGAUGCAACAAUAUAUAUCCCUUGAAAUACAUGUUGUGGUUUUGGAUUGCAAGGAGCAGCAGCCUAGCCAGCUAGGUGCUCAGGAGGUGCACAAAAUUGGAAAGAUAACUUUUCGGUUUAUAUGAAAGCUGAAAUUGUGGGCAAAUUAUCAGACGUUACAGUGUGUGAAUUUGCUUGGCAGUGGAAAACCAGCAAAGAGUGGUGCACAUUCUUCAAGGAACGUGUCUUUCUUUUUUUUCUUGGACGCACUCCUGCUCUCACAUUGAGUUAAAGGGAGUUCUGAUUUCGACUUCAGUGGGAGUUCAAUCAUGCCCUGUUAAUAGUGUCGUGUUCGUACGAGUCCGAACCUUGGGAUUAGAACACCUUGAUUCUUUGCACCUCUUUCUUUUUUUCAUUAACCCUUACCUAAAGCUACUAAUCACUGAGCAUGAACAGGCAGCUUUCUACAUUGAGUAGGAGUCUGCAGCAUUUUUACAGUCCUGAUUGGCUGGGUCUGCUGCUGUUCCAAGUAAAAAUCCUUUGAAUUCCAUUUUAUCAAUAAAGCUUGAUUUAACAAACAACAAAUUUAUCCAUAAAUGUGUAAUUCCUUUUUUUUUUUUUCCCUGCCUUUUAAAAUGUCAGUGCCAUUGUAAAUGAUAUUUUAUUUGUGGAAGAAUAUUUUUAUUAAUUGAUAGCCCAUUUUUAAAAUGGGAAGGGUUUUGAUUAUUGCCCCAAACAUAGCCAUAUGCUAGAGGAUGAUGUGGGAUUAAUCCGUUACCCUAUUUUUUACAAGUGUGGGUUUUUUUCAAGCUUUUUGGUGUUGUGGUGUUUUGGUUUUUCUUUUUCUUACCUUUUUCUUCCCCACUGAAGAUGUGCAUUGGUUUGAAUUUGCCUACGGUUUGAUAAAAAUACAUUUGUCAAAGCCUGACAAUCUUUAACAUUUUAUGGUGUGUGUUUUUAAUUGACCCACUUACUUAGAAUGAGAGACUAGUGGUUAAACAGUACUUGUGAUUUGAGAUAUAGCAUGUUGACAAUAUUUAACUGUUCGUUGUUUAAGAUCCUAAUUUAAAAUUUUAUAAGGUAAUAAACUAAUUUGAUUUGAGCUUAGCCUUCUCCCAUUGAGCAUACAGAAAAAUUAAGUUUUCGAGUCAAUCGUGUUUGCAAAACUGCUGUUUUGUGCACCUUGUAUUGUCUUUUUGGUUGAGAAUAUUGUAUUUUAUAUGUAGUUUACUCAUUUAGUAGGCAGAUUCCCCAAAAGGAAAAUCAGUAAAACAAGUAGAUUGUAACAUUUACUGCAGUUAAACAGAAUCAAAACUUGGUGUAUAAUUACUUUUUGAUAGGAACAUGUAGUACAAUCCAUUUUGCUAUAUUUGUCUUUCCCUAACUUUGAAAUAUACAUAUUUGUAUAUAUAGCCUUAAAACUAAUGCAGAGUUAGGGAACACUGAACAGUGAAAAAGUAACUUAUAGUGUCUUGGAACUAAGUAUAGUAUAUACCAGCAAACUUUUCUUUUAUCCCUCUUGUCUAUGUGGGGUGCUUAAACGUAACUUCAUUGUAUUCAGUUUGUAAUCUGUUCAAGCAUGAAUGAAGAAAACAUUAAGCACUAUUUGUAUUUAUAAAUUUAUAGCAAUUUUUGCUUAAAGAACCAAUUCCUUACCUACCUAUGAAUAAAUGCUUAAAAUGUCUAAUUUUGUUGUAGAGUGCAAAACUAUAAUAAUGUUAAGUUAUAGCUUCACAGGCACCUAAUUAACAAGCAUAUUUAAUAAUACGUGGCAUAUUAGUGCAAAAAGCUAAACUUAAUUUAGGACUAGGCAGAUAAAGUUCUGUCCUUUUUUCAUAGAGACUAUAGUUUUGGGAACUGCAAAACCUUCAACUGGACUGUGGAACCUUUUGAGUUUUAAACUUUUAAAGAGUCGGAAGCAAAACUGCGGUGUGAAAAGCCAUACUUCCAACCAGAGUCACUUAAACUGUCUCAGUGACAAUUUAUUCAAAGCCUCUUCUUGUGAGGUCUCCUAAAGGUUAGAAAGAGAAAUGAUUCUGCUAUUGCUACAGGUGAUGUAACUAGGUUUGAGGGUAGCAGAAGAAAGCCCGUUUCAGGCCUUUCUCUCUCCUGCCUGUGUUCAGCAUUUUAAUGAGGUCAGAGUACUGAAUCUAUUCCGUAUGCAGAAGCACUGCCAUUUUAGAUACAGAUUUUGAUUACAAAAUAUAUUAAUUAAGUAUCUAAAGCAUCUUAGAAAGAGAGGCAAGCUCUACUUGAUACUGCUCUGAAAAGGAAAAGGCACUUUGGCACCUUUGUGCAUCUCCUUCUUGCACCAGAAACAUUUUUGUUUUAAAUGCUAAAACCAUUAGCACCUCAGGGGUAAGGCAGCAAUUUUUAUUUCUCUUUUUUUUUUUAAGUAUUGUGUGCUAUUUAUUUUCCUCUUGGAAAAAAAAAAGAUUCCUGUGUGACAAAAAUGAAUAUUGUCUGAUGUUAAAAGAUGUAUUUUUAAAUACACGUUCAAAUAGGAUGGUCCCAAUUUGCUUGUUUUCAAAAGGAAAUGACACCUUUGUAAAGCUACUUUGCUUCCUAUGCUGUGCAACUUUGUUUUCCUUCUACAUUUGACAGCUUCACUGGCUUCAGUUUCUGUGAGUUUUGUUAAUAGUCAGAUUAAAUGUUUCACUGAUCAUUCUGGGAGAAUACCUGUACUGCUUUAUAGGCAACUGUUUCAAAUAAUUCUCACUAAUUCAGCAUUGAAAUAUGUUCAAGACAGAGGCUUCUAAAAUGUGGAUUUUAGCCAAUGUUAACUAAAUGCAAUCACAUUAUGUAGGAUCCUAGAUUUGCAAGGCUUUGUAAAUCUCUCAUAUCAACAGAGUCCCUGAUACACCUGGUGAGGCAGAAAUCUGCAGAUCCUGUGCAAGUUUUGAAGACAGGGCCUUACAGGGGGCUUGUUCCUACCUAGCUGGGAAGCAGCACCACAAAGACCUUGAUGCAUGGCCAUCAUUCGUUUUAAUCUUCCAGCAGAAGUCAGAAUCACAGGGGAAUUUCCUCUACUUGCCAUUAAACCAUGGUGAAUUGCAGCAAUCCUAGGUUGAUGCCUGCAAGAUGCCUGGUGAAUAUUAAGCACUUACCUGAGGGUUCCUGCAGGUGCCAAAGCUGAUCAUUUUAAUGUGUGCUUACACUAAACUGAUCUUGGUGCCUGUUACAUCGCUUAUUGCAAAACUGGUGCUGCCUCAACUGUAGAGGUUAAAAUCGGAGCCAUUUUGCUCAGUUCCAGGGUUGGAAAACUAAAGAGGUGAUCUAACAGAACUGGAGAACAGUUUUCACUUCAGUUGGUUCCCCAAAAAGAAUUCCACCUCAAUUUGAUGUUGGGAUAGGGUAGACUUUCUAUUGCUUCUCAUUUUUUUAGUGAUUGAUGAACUUAAGAUUAUGGUUUCAUGAUAACUUGCAUCAAGAUGAAGCUGUUGCUGUAAGUUUGCCCCUGCUGCCCUUUUUGAGCCAGCACACACACUUAUGGGGCUGUACAGUUAGGAGAAAGGAGAAAUGAAAAAGAGCUGUGCUCUUGAGCUGGGUAAGUUGAGAAUCCAGGGAUGGGAUGCUGGUACUAGGGCAAGAUGGAGAGUGGGGAGCCAGGGCUGAGGGCAAAGAAUUGGUCGCACCACCCCUCUGCCAGAGUUUUGGAGAUAACACCCUGAAUGCAGAGCAAAACUUGACCUGUGUAGGCAGUUCUGAAACCUUUGCAGAUCUUUCUCCGCCCUGGACUCAAGGGAAACGUUUUGCUUUUGGUAAAACAUGCAUUCUCUUCAAAUGAGAAGCAUGAGCCUUUGCUUUUAACGUCUUCCUGUGCGUGAGUUCCGUGCUGACAAACUUCUGUUGGCUUUGUCUAGGCAUACAGCUGUGCUACGGGAUACAGCACAGCUGCCACAAUGACAUUAGUCAUAGAACCAUGUGGUUGGUAAUGGUUUCACUUAUUUCAACGUACGUCAGGAUUUCAUCAUGCUGAGAUACCUUCAUCUCUACCUGCACUUUCUUAAAUUGCUUUUAAGUACAAAUGACUUGGUAUAUUUAAAUUCCUUGAUGUUUAAGCUUGGCCAUGUCUGGAACAGGCUAACCUUUAGUAAAACGUUGCUCUUUGCCUCAUCUUUUGGUAAAUAAGGUGUUUUAUACAAACCUGAUGUACCUUGUGUAGGUUCAGAAACAGCGAAACUGUGCCACAGCUGUAGAGCUGUACCUGAUGUUUUUCUGUAGCAAGUGGAGUUGUUACUCUAUGCCAAGCUUCUUGAGGUGUUAAAAUAAUGUCUCCUAGAUAACCAGUGUAGCUGCUUGUUCCUACCCCUACAUGUGUCUGAGAGGAUCAUAACUGAGCCUUUGUAUACCAGUACAGGGUGUAAGGACUGCUUGGCUGGGUAGGGUUUUUUAACUCAGUGGUAAAAAGAGGGUCCACAUCUCAAUUUCUAGGAUGCUGUAGUGCAUUAAACAAAUGGCAUUCCUGCUGUAAAAACAGAGCAAAAUAUAAAGUCCAUAUUUUUGACUGACCUGUCUCUGAAAUAUACUGAUCAGAGUCCACUUGUUGGCUGAGCUCUUUUUGAGCUCUCUGUGGAGUGUUUGCACAGCUUGCACGUCUCUGCAGACCCACAUGUGUACCUUCUGCAGCACUCUGAAGCCUUAUUUUGCUUAGUAACAUUGCUUUGUAAAUGAGGUGGCAGUCACCUGGGCUGUGGCAUUUGUUCACCAAAGUCCAGGAAGCUGUAGGAAAACUAAAAGCUUGUCUUUAUUCUCAUGAACUCCUAAAUGCUUUCAAGUAGAAAACAAAGAAAGUAAAAAGACUCCAACUUGCUGAAAGUUGAGUUUAUGUCAUCUGUCACUGAAGAACUUGUUUCCAUAAAAAUCUAAAAAUGA